AACAAUCUCACGUGUUUGUGGUUAAUAUGCUCCCUGCAGGUUCGUUCGUUUUAACUCUUUUUUUCUUCAGGAAAUAUAGGUUUGCUGUGUGUGCACACACACAAGGAGCGAGGUAUAAAAGCAACCGGCUCGGUUCCGAAUUUAUUUUCACCAGUCACUUGCCGAUUCAGCACAAAGUACAACCAACAAUGGCUUCUCUCAAGAUGAUCGUUCUGUGGGCCUUCUUGGUCGUUUUGGUGGCUGCUGUCAAUGCCGCUCCCCGUUAUUUCGUUAUCGACGAUGGCGAAGUUGAUGCUGCUCCGUUGGUUCGCGUCCGUCGCCAGGACAAGUACGUUGCAUCGGCCAGCGGUGGCAAUUACGGCAAGGGACACGUUGGACCCGUCUACACUUUCGUCAAAACCGACCCUAAGGCCAACUUCAAGUGGGGAGUCCGCCACCGUGCUGGAGUCCAAUACGGUCGUUAAAUAGAAAUAGUCCGGCCGAUGUACCCUCAACCCAGAUAAUCCUCUUUCAAGCUGGCUCUUGAGAGUUGAAACGAUGUCGAAGACCUACAUCUUACGCUGUUUAUACUCUCAUUCCGUCCUGGAUUUUAUUUUUGCGAGUUCUGCACUAAAUGUAUGAGACGUCAUCGUUUCAAUUGCUUUUCAGUGCCUUUUGUGAUACGUUGUUAUCGUCUUGACAUUUGUUACGUUUUUUUUUGCACAGCUAUAAAAUACAAUUCUUUAUUGAAGUUAA